AUGUCUGUCAGAAGUAGCGUUCUCCAGGAGCUUGACACCAAAAGCGCGUCCUAUUCCCCAGAUGCUUUUAUUAUACCUCUUGAUAUCGACCAAGAUUUCGAUGAAUAUUAUGACUACGUCGACCAAAACAAUUGGUCUAUGAAAUUUCAAAAAGCCGCUUCCCCUGACCGCAUGACCGUUUCAUCGAACGAAACAUCGCCUUCUCAGGAAUCAGAAAGGGAUUUGAGCAGCUGCGCGACAACUCCGAGCUGGUCCAAUAUUCCGAGCCCACUUCAGUUCCAGUCGUGGCAUUCUGCUGUGUUGUCCGCCCAAACACCGAAUGAGGAUCCUUAUGGCAGGAAGAAAACUUAUGACGAUGACGAAAAUUCAAGUUGUCGAAACGGAGACGCAGCCAUCCGGUCGCUAUUCUGUCUGGAGACAUCCAUCGAACUCAAGGGGAAUGGAAGCGAGGGCGUCCCAGGCUCGCCAAGACGACUUCAAAGACGAAGAGAUCUGCAUUUCUCUCGAAUCCGAGCAUCGGCGCGAUAG